AUGGCACAGAAACAUCAGGUGGACCGAGAAACAAUCAGUUGUGUGAUCUGUCUGGAUCUACUGAAGGAUCCGGUGACUAUUCCCUGUGGACACAACUACUGUAUGAGCUGUAUUAAAUCACACUGGGAUGGAGAGGAUCAGAGGAAGAUCUACAGCUGCCCUCAGUGCAGACAGACCUUCAAACAGAGGCCUGUCCUGAAGAAAAACACCAUGUUAGCAGCUUUAGUAGAGCAGCUGAAGAAGACUGGACUCCAAGCUGCUCCUGCUGAUCACUGCUAUGUUGGACCUGAAGAUGUGGCCUGUGAUGUCUGCACUGGGAGAAAGAGGAAAGCCUUCAAGUCCUGUCUGACUUGUCCGGCCUCUUACUGUGAGAAUCACCUCCAGCCUCAUUAUGAUGCACCUCCAUUAAAGAAACACAAGCUGGUGGAGCCCUCGAAGAAGCUCCAGGAGAACAUCUGCUCUCGUCAUGAUGAGGUGAUGAAGAUGUUCUGUCGUACUGAUCAGCAGAGUAUCUGUUAUCUCUGCUCUGUGGAGGAUCAUAGAGGCCACGACACAGCCUCAGCUGCAGCAGAAAGGACUGAGAGGCAGAGAGAGCUCGAGGUGAGUCGACUAAACAUCCAGCAGAGAAUCCAGGACAGAGAGAAAGAUGUGAAGUUGCUUCAACAGGAGGUUGAGGCCGUCAGUCGCUCUGCUGAUAAAGCAGUGGAGGACAGUGAGAAGAUCUUCACUCAGCUGAUCCGUCUCCUCCAGAAAAGAAGCUCUGAUGUGAAGCAGCAGAUCAGAUCCCAGCAGGAAACUGAAGUGAGUCGAGUCAAAGAGCUUCAGGAGAAGCUGCAGCAGGAGAUCACUGAGCUGAAGAGGAAAGACACUGAACUGAAGCAGCUCUCACACACAGAGGAUCACAACCAGUUUCUAAACAACUACCCCUCAGUGUCACAACUCAGUGAACCCACAGACUCAUCCAGCAUCAAUAUCCGUCCUCUGAGACACUUUGAGGAAGUGACAGCAGCUGUGUCAGAGCUCAGAGAUAAACUACAGGACAUCCUGAGGGACGAACAGACAAACACCUCACUGGCAGUGACUGAAGUGGACGUUUUACUGCCAGAAUCACGAGCAGAGCCCAAAACCAGAGCUCAGUUCUUAAGAUAUGCACGUGAAAUCACUCUGGAUCCAAACACAGCACACACUUAUCUGUUAUUAACUAAGGGGAACAGAAAAGUAAAAUGGAUGAAACAACCACAGUCUUAUUCUAGUCACAAAGACAGAUUCACUGAUGCGCUUCAGAUCCUGAGUAGAGAGAGUCUGACUAGACGUUGUUACUGGGAGGUGGAGAGGAGAGGACUAAUUGAUGUAGCAGUCGCAUACAAAAAUAUCAGCAGAGUAGGACAUGAAUGUGGAUUUGGACGUAAUGACAAGUCUUGGUCUUUAGAUUGUUAUGCUAACAGUUAUGAAUUCUGGUUCAACAGCAUUAAAACUCCUGUCUCAGGUCCUGGUUCCUCCAGAGUCGGAGUGUACCUGGAUCACAGAGCAGGUAUUCUGUCCUUCUACAGAGUCUCUAAAACCAUGACUCUCCUCCACAGAGUCCAGAUCACAUUCACUCAGCCUCUCUAUGCUAGACUUUGGGCUGUAAUUAGCUGCCAGCUCGAGGAUUCCUCAGAGGACCAGCUCCAGUCCUGCAGGAGCCAGAAACCUCCAGAGCCCCCCAGUCUGCAGCUGCAGACUGCGUCCUGGGAGCGAGGCGGAGCGAGGCGGAGCGAGGCGCUGAUAAUGACACAGAUUGUUGCUGUUGAGCCUGAAGACUGCGUCCUGGGAGCGAAGCGGAGCGAGGCGGUGAUAAUGACACAGACUGUUGCUGUUGAGCCUGAAGGCAACGCGGUCAAUUUAUAUGAUGUAAUGUCAAUAUUUCUGAGGGUCUCUGGAAGAACGAGAGCGCAGAUAGAGGAGAAGAGAUGA